AUGCAUGUCUGGCGGUCCUUCGCGCAGGCGGGGUGGGCGACGAAUGCGAUGCACAUCUCCAGCAGCCGCGACAGCAUCGCAUCCACACUGUCCGUCGGUAUCUCUUGGGCUGCUGCUGCUGCUGCUGCUGGUUUUGAAGCAUCAGGCACGACGUACUCCGUGAGCAUCGUGACAGUCGCAAUCAUCUCCUUCCACAUUGCCACACUGAAUGUCAUUGUGAGUGAUGACUUGCGCUUCUCGCGUGUCGUCGCCGCGUGGCCCUCCAGCGACGACGUACUCCGCAUGAUCAGCCGGUAG